CGCUUCCUCCACACUCGUUCAUCAUCUUCUCCGCCUCUUCUGCGCAUGCUCCCCGCGGUGCCAUCCUGAAUGCCCUAGAGGCUAGCUUCAAAUGUCCACCCUGGGGUGCGAUACGCAAGAAUGGCGCAAGCAGGUCCAAUCACAGACGUCACUCAGCGGCUCUUUCUAGAGUUGAAGUCCAAGAAUGAGGAUACACGAGUUAGAGCUGCUUAUGAUCUUUACGAAAAUGUCCUUGCGAUUUCCAGAGAUUGGCCUCCAGAGAAGUUUAUCGAAUUUUAUAAUGCCGUUAGUCAACGCAUCGCACAGCUUGUCGUUACCGGGAGCGACGCGCACGAAAGAAUCGGUGGCCUCCUUGCUCUCGACCGUCUAAUAGACUUUGAUGGAGUGGAUACGGCGCAGAAGACGACUCGAUUUGCUAGCUACUUACGUAGUGCCCUCCGUAGCAAUGACAAUGCCGUCCUGGUGUACGCCGCCCGGGCCCUUGGGCGGUUGGCGAAGCCCGGGGGAGCGCUUACUGCCGAGCUUGUCGAGAGUGAGAUACAAUCGGCUUUGGAAUGGCUGCAGUCCGAACGACAGGAAGGCCGGCGAUUCGCUGCGGUCCUGGUCAUCCGGGAGCUCGCCAAAGGCUCGCCGACCCUCCUGUAUGGGUUCGUGUCUCAGGUCUUUGAACUCAUCUGGGUUGCCCUCCGGGAUCCCAAAGUACUCAUCCGAGAGACGGCGGCCCAGGCUGUAAGCGAAUGCUUCGAAAUUAUCGCCGCCAGGGAUAUGCAGGUGCGACAACUCUGGUUUGCGAGGAUCUACGAGGAAGCGCUUUUGGGCUUGAAAUCCAACAAUGUAGACUGGAUCCAUGGGUCGCUUUUGGUCCUCAAGGAACUUCUUCUGAAGGGUGCCAUGUUCAUGAACGAACAUUACCGAAAUGCGUGCGAGAUUGUUCUCCGUCUGAAGGACCAUCGCGAUCCCAAGAUUCGUACUCAAGUCGUGCUGACGAUUCCCAUCCUUGCCUCUUACGCUCCCGUUGACUUUACCGAAACCUACCUCCAUAGAUUCAUGAUAUACCUCCAAGCCCAACUCAAGAGAGAGAAGGAACGAAACGCCGCCUUUGUGGCGAUCGGAAAGAUCGCUAAUGCUGUUGGUGUUGCCAUCGCCCAAUAUCUCGAUGGUAUUAUAGUUUACAUCCGGGAAGGUCUGGCGCUCAAAGCACGAAAUCGAGCUGCCAUCAAAGAAGCCCCAAUGUUCGAGUGUAUUAGCAUGCUGUCGUUAGCAGUGGGCCAGGCACUCAGCAAAUACAUGGAAUCGCUUCUUGAUCCGAUAUUCGCGUGUGGGUUGAGCGAGUCGCUGACUCAAGCUCUUGUUGACAUGGCGCAUUACAUACCCCCAAUCAAGCCUACCAUUCAAGUCAAAUUGUUGGAUAUGCUUAGUCUCAUUCUUGACGGCGCACCCUUCCGACCCCUAGGUUGCCCCGAAAGCAGAUUGCCCCCGAUGCCCUCUUUUGCUAAAGACUUCGCUCCGCAAGAGGUGCAUUCGGACGCCGAAAUUGCUCUGGCACUGCACACGCUGGGAAGCUUCGAUUUCUCUGGCCAUAUUCUCAAUGAAUUUGUGCGCGAUGUCGCCAUUAAUUAUGUCGAGAACGACAACCCGGAAAUUCGGAAAGCUUCAGCCCUGACUUGCUGCCAACUUUUUGUCCACGAUCCUAUCAUCAACCAAACCAGUAGCCAUUCCAUACAAGUCGUGAGCGAAGUCAUCGACAAACUUCUUACUGUCGGUGUUGGUGAUCCGGAUCCGGAUAUCCGACGUACUAUUUUGUGGUCUCUUGAUCGAAAGUUCGAUCGGCACCUUGCAAGGCCGGAAAAUAUACGAUGUUUGUUUUUGGCAGUGAACGAUGAAGUUUUUGCUGUCAGAGAGGCUGCAAUCUGCAUUAUUGGGCGUCUAUCGAGCGUCAACCCAGCAUAUGUUUUCCCCCCUCUCCGAAAGCUGCUUGUCAACCUUCUCACGGGCCUCGGAUUUGCAAGCACGGCCCGUCAAAAGGAGGAAAGUGCUCAGCUUAUCAGCUUGUUUGUUUCAAAUGCGACAAAGCUUAUUAGAUCAUAUGUUGACCCUAUGGUGACCACGCUACUUCCAAAGGCAACUGAUGUGAAUCCAGGCGUUGCCUCGACUACCCUGAAAGCGGUUGGAGAACUUGCCAAUGUCGGAGGCAGCGAAAUGAAAACAUAUCUGCCCAAGCUCAUGCCGAUUAUUUUAGACUCACUCCAAGACCUUUCUUCACAUGCCAAGAGAGAGGCGGCGCUGCGCACUUUGGGUCAGUUAGCCAGUAACUCUGGUUAUGUUAUUGACCCAUAUCUUGAGUAUCCCAAUCUUCUCGCAGUGCUCAUCAAUAUCAUCAAGACAGAGCAGGCGGGAUCUCUCCGCAAAGAAACCAUCAAAGUGCUCGGAAUUCUCGGCGCCUUGGACCCUUACAAAUACCAACAGAUCAGCGAGACAACGCCAGAUGUUCACCAUAUCAAUGAGGUUCAAACGGUGUCAGAUGUUACACUCAUCAUGCAAGGCCUUGCUCCCUCUAAUGAAGAAUACUACCCAACUGUAGUCAUCAAUACGCUCAUGCAAAAUAUCCUCCGCGAAAAUUCCCUCGCUCAAUACCAUUCCGCUGUCAUUGAUGCCAUUGUCACUAUUUUUAAGACCCUGGGCUUAAAAUGUGUCCCAUUCCUUGGACAGAUUGUCCCUGGUUUUAUAUCCGUUAUUCGAGGAUCUCCCCCAAGCAGGCUUGAGUCGUACUUCAAUCAAAUGGCGAUCCUAGUCAACAUUGUGAGACAACAUAUUAGAGCAUUCCUACCGGAAGUCAUCGAGGUUAUUGGAGAAUUCUGGGAUGCCUCAUAUCAGGUCCAAGCAACAAUUCUGUCUCUUGUCGAAGCGAUAGCGAAGUCUCUUGAGGGUGAAUUCAAAAAGUACCUUGCUAACCUCAUUCCGCCAAUGCUUGAUACGUUGGAGAAGGACAAUAACCCGCGCCGACAGCCUUCAGAGAGGAUCCUCCACAGCUUUUUGAUAUUCGGCAAUAGUGGAGAGGAAUACAUGCACCUGAUAGUCCCGUCUAUUGUGCGCCUAUUUGACAGAGCCCAAAAUCCGCAAAGCAUCAGGAAGUCGGCCAUUGACAGCCUUACCAAGCUGUCGCGUCAAGUCAAUGUUUCCGAUUUUGCGUCUUUGAUCGUCCAUUCUCUAGCCCGAGUUGUUGCCGGAAACGACCGUAUGCUGCGACAAGCUGCCAUGGACUGCAUCUGUGCUCUUAUAUUCCAGCUUGGCCAGGACUUCAACCACUACAUACACUUGUUGAACAAGGUGUUGAAGCUGCAUCAGAUCAAUCAUGUCAACUACCAGAUUCUUGUAACGAAGCUACAAAAGGGAGACCCGCUGCCACAGGACCUCAAUCCUGACGAGAACUACGCAUCUCUCACAGAUGAUGCUAAUUACGCGGAAAUUGGUCAGAAGAAGAUGGUGGUUAACCAACAGCAUUUGAAAAAUGCCUGGGAUGCGUCUCAGAAGUCAACUCGCGAAGAUUGGCAGGAGUGGAUUCGGCGGUUUAGCGUUGAGUUACUCAAGGAGUCCCCUUCGCCUGCUUUACGUGCCUGCGCCAGUUUGGCGGGUAUUUACCAGCCACUCGCAAGAGACUUGUUCAAUGCUGCGUUCGUUUCUUGCUGGACCGAGCUAUACGACCAGUACCAGGAGGAGCUCGUAAGAUCAAUCGAGAAGGCGCUCACUUCCCCUAACAUCCCCCCUGAAAUCCUCCAGGUCCUUCUCAAUUUGGCUGAAUUUAUGGAGCAUGAUGAUAAAGCCCUACCGAUCGACAUUCGCACCCUAGGCAAGCAUGCAGCCAAGUGCCACGCAUUUGCCAAGGCUCUUCACUAUAAAGAACUCGAGUUUGAACAAGACCAGAACUCCGGAGCUGUUGAGGCGUUGAUUACGAUCAAUAACCAGCUUCAACAAUCCGAUGCUGCUAUUGGUAUUCUCCGCAAAGCUCAGGCUUACCGGGAUGUAGAGCUCAAGGAGACUUGGUUCGAGAAGCUUCAACGCUGGGAGGAGGCCCUUGCUGCCUACAAACGACGCGAAAAGAUCGAUCCCGACUCUUUCGGUGUUACCAUGGGAAAAAUGCGCUGUCUACAUGCUCUCGGAGAGUGGAAAGUACUCUCUGACCUGGCUCAAGAGAAAUGGAACCAAGCCUCGCUGGAGCACCGGAAGUCUAUUGCCCCUCUAGCUGCCGCUGCUGCCUGGGGUCGACGACAGUGGGAGCUCAUGGAUUCCUACCUUGGCGUCAUGAAAGAACAAUCUCCAGACCGGUCCUUCUUCGGCGCUAUUCUUGCAAUCCAUCGGAACCAAUUCGACGAAGCGACAAUGUACAUUGAGAAGGCGAGAAACGGCCUUGAUACCGAACUCUCAGCGCUUCUUGGCGAGUCAUACAACCGUGCAUAUAAUGUCGUUGUCCGCGUCCAAAUGCUGGCAGAAUUAGAGGAAAUUAUUACAUACAAGCAGAAUAUUGGCGAUCCAGAAAAACAGGAGUCUAUGCGCCAGACUUGGAACAAGCGUUUACUUGGUUGCCAGCAAAAUGUGGAGGUGUGGCAGCGUAUGCUGAAAGUCAGAGCUCUUGUCACCACACCCCGCGAGAAUCUCGACAUGUGGAUCAAGUUUGCCAACCUUUGUCGGAAAUCGAACCGAAUGGGGCUUGCCGAGCGGUCUCUUGCAUCCCUGGAGACUGUUGUUUCCGACGGCAACGGUACACGAACUAUUGCUCCUCCAGAAGUCACAUACGCUCGCUUGAAAUUCAACUGGGCUACUGGUCGCCAGCGCGAGGCUCUCCAGAUGCUUAAAGAGUUUACAGGCAAUCUCACCGAAGACUUUACGCGAUUCAAUGCUUUGAUGGCCUCGCAAUCCGAGCAUAAUGGAAUCAAUGGUGUCAAUGGCAUUGCAGAUGCCAACCAUUCCGAUGUUAUCGGUUUGCGCGAGCGGAUUGGUGAUGUAAACAAGUUUAGAAAACUUCUUGCUAAGAGUUACCUAAGACUUGGAGAGUGGCAGACCACCUUACAGAGAGGAGACUGGAGGCCAGAGCACGUCCGCGAAGUGCUCAACGCUUAUUCAGCUGCUACCAGGUAUAAUCGCGAUUCCUACAAAGCCUGGCAUUCAUGGGCGCUGGCGAACUUCGAGGUUGUCACGACAAUUGCCAGUCAAGCCAAGCAGGAUGGCGGAAGCAUGGCCAUGGUCCCUGGACAUAUUGUUACGGAACAUGUCAUCCCGGCCGUGCGUGGUUUCCUAAGGUCUAUUUCAUUGUCAUCCACAUCCUCCCUCCAGGACACUUUGCGAUUCCUCACACUCUGGUUUAAUCACGGUGGUGAUCAGGAAGUGAACACUGUUGUUACUGAGGGUUUUACAGCCGUGAAUAUUGAUACUUGGCUUGCCGUUACACCUCAGCUUAUCGCCCGUAUCAACCAGCCCAACUUCAGGGUUCGAACAUCGGUUCAUCGUUUGCUAGCGGAAGUCGGUAAGACGCAUCCUCAAGCGUUGGUAUACCCGUUGACAGUCGCAAUGAAAUCAAACGUUGCCCGACGAUCACAAUCUGCAAGCAAUAUCAUGGAUAGCAUGCGGCAACAUAGCGCAAAACUGGUCGAGCAAGCCGAUCUCGUCAGUCAUGAACUUAUCCGAGUUGCUGUUUUGUGGCAUGAACUUUGGCAUGAAGGCCUCGAGGAAGCUUCACGACUCUAUUUUGGGGAUCAUAAUGUGGAAGGAAUGUUCGCAACCCUUGCACCUCUUCAUGAGAUGCUGGAUAAGGGAGCGGAAACACUACGCGAGGUGUCGUUUGCGCAGGCCUUUGGGCGGGACCUUGCCGAGGCAAAGCACUACUGCAUGCUUUACCGUGAAACUGAAGAGAUUGGUGAUCUCAAUCAAGCGUGGGAUCUCUACUAUACCGUGUUCCGCAAGAUCAGUAGACAGUUACCGCAGUUGUCGACCCUAGAUCUCAAAUACGUUUCGCCCAAGCUCAAGGACUGCGUGGACCUUGAUCUUGCCGUUCCUGGUACUUACCAGAGCGGUAGACCCAUUAUUCGAAUCAUCAGCUUUGAUCCCAUUCUGCACGUCCUCCAAACCAAGAAGCGGCCACGAAGGAUGACAUUGAAGAGUAGCGACGGAAACUCGUACAUGUAUGCUCUUAAGGGACAUGAAGAUAUCCGACAAGACGAGCGUGUUAUGCAGUUGUUUGGCUUGGUGAAUACCCUCCUUGACAACGACGGUGAGAGCUUCAAGCGACAUCUGUCUGUACAGCGGUUCCCGGCCAUCCCACUAUCCCAGAACUCCGGUCUGAUAGGAUGGGUUUGUAACAGCGACACCUUACAUGCGUUGAUCAAAGAAUACCGAGAGACCCGUCGCAUCCUGUUGAAUAUUGAGCACCGGAUUAUGCUCCAGAUGGCCCCAGACUAUGACAACCUGACGCUCAUGCAGAAGGUCGAGGUCUUUGGCUAUGCAAUGGACAAUACUACUGGUAAGGAUCUUUACCGCGUCCUGUGGCUCAAAAGUAAGAGCUCCGAGGCCUGGCUUGAGCGACGAACCAAUUACACUCGGUCCCUUGGUGUCAUGUCUAUGGUUGGCUAUAUCCUUGGCCUGGGUGACCGCCAUCCCUCUAAUCUCCUUCUGGAUCGAGUUACCGGAACGGUGGUUCAUAUCGAUUUCGGCGACUGCUUCGAGGUUGCGAUGCAUCGGGAGAAAUAUCCGGAACGGGUGCCCUUCCGUCUGACGCGCAUGCUGACCUUCGCGAUGGAAGUCAGCAAUAUUGAGGGAAGCUACCGGAUCACUUGCGAGGCCGUUAUGCGUGUCUUGCGUGAGAAUAAAGACUCUUUGAUGGCUGUUCUGGAAGCGUUCAUUCACGAUCCUUUGAUUAACUGGCGUCUCGGAAUUCGCGAGUCUCCCGAUAGGGUGUCUUUCACUGCAGAGAGGCGGCAGUCAAUCGUUGCCAACGUCAACAUAGAACACGGCGUCCAACCCAGCAAUUUCUCCCGACAUCGUCGACCUUCAAUUCUUGAAGGCGGUAUUCUGGACGCCCAGGAAGUGCCCGCCGAGGCUCGCGAGGCCCAGAACCAACGAGCAUUACAGGUCCUUGCGCGGGUCCGCGAAAAACUCACCGGACGAGACUUUAAACCCAACGAGGAACUCAAUGUGAGCGACCAGGUCGAUAAGCUUCUGGCCCAGGCCACGAGUGUUGAGAACAUCUGUCAACAUUGGAUUGGGUGGUGCAGUUUCUGGUGAUGGUUUUCUUUAUUUUUGUAGGUAUUGUGGAUUUCUGGGUCUCAGGCAGGCGCUGUUUUGAUGGCGGAUUUUGCAUGGUAUGGUUUCUCUUCUUCUAUUCCUUGUGUAGCAUAAUCUUGUCUUCCUUUCCUUUUUUUUUUCCCUCAUAUUUACUUUAGUUCCUUCUCUUCUGUUUGCUUCUAGAAGGGAGGCUUGGUGGAGCACUGUUCUUGACAGACCAUAGCAACCCCCUAUAUAGAAUAGAGCUGGGUUUUAUCGUAGCAGUCAGGUUCAACUGAGCAAAUCUC